AAAAAAAAAAAAGAAGGAGCGCAGCCAGUUGGGCAGUUGUGCGAGGCAGUGUCAGAGGAGACAACAAUGGCGAACCCUAGGAGGGCUUCCAUUUCAUUAUCUUCUUCAAGCAAUCCCCAAAGCUUGGAGAGUCCAUUUCACAGUCAAUCCCAAGGCCAAAGCCUUUCGCUAUCCUUUGAAUCGUUAUCGUUUCUGAAGAAUUUUCUGAAGAAGCCUCACGCCUUCCCUUUCCUGCUCUCUGUUUUCCUCUUACUCACAUGGAUUUCUCUCAGAAUCCAGCACUCUUCUUCUCGCUUCUCAUUCCCCGAUUUCUCUCGCUUUCAACACACUCCUGAUACUUGGAGCGAGGACGAUGAUUUCAAGGCCAACCUCGUUCGUUUCAAGCCUAGAUUUCCUUCUCGGAUUGCUAAAGACAACAGGGGCUGGCUACUCGAUCCUAUUUCUCUUGCGCUUGAUUCUGGCGUUCUUGGCGGAGCAGUGACCUGUGCUUCUGUUCAUAUUGGAGAAAUUAAACCUGGAGCUAUGAGGGGAAACCACAGGCACCACACUUGUAAUGAAACAUUUGUCCUGUGGGGUGCUAGAACAAUAUUCAGAUUGGAGAACAGCGAGGUAGGUGAUAAGGGAUAUGCUGAAGUGAUAAUUGGUGCGGACGAGAUUGCUGUUGCAGCAAGUCCAAGAGGAACAGCCCAUGCAUUGAUAAACAUGGAUCCUGCACGGUCUACAUGGUUUCUGGGGUGUCAAGAUGGUAUUAUAAACUAUAACACUUCAACUUCUGAUUUUAAGGUUUGGAAAGAUCUUUAGUUUGCAACAAUCUCUCUUAACUUGGGCCUUAUUUAGUUCUUGACAAGAACUCCCUUUUAUUUCACUUCUCCUGUGGGAAUUUUUGGUAGGUGGUGGGGUAUAGCAUUGUAGUUUCAAAUCUAGGGAAUUUGUGAGCUGAUUGUCAUGAGAUGAGAUGAACUUCUACAUCUUUGUAUACAGGAUAGCUUUUAUAGUAUUAAGUACACUAAAGCACAAUGGUCCUCUCGAUCA